UUGGUCGAAUAUUUAUUACCCAGUUGAACCGUUCAUCAUUCACUAUAAUCAACUCAAUAUAAAUCGUACACAUUCUGCUAUGUCACACUCAUCUCUAAAAUCAGCUACAUUACUCUCUUUUUCCACUGUACGAAAGAAAUUCCAAAUCCAACAAAGCAAAGCACAUAAAAGAAUGGCCGAUCCCACUCCGUUGCUCUCACAAUCCACCACCGGCAGCGACGAGCACGAACCUUCGGAGCUCGAGAAGAACCACCCAUCGUUGGACUUGAUGAUCGAGCAGUCAAUGAAAGAUUUCGGGCGGGCACAGCUCAUGCAAGCCUCUCUCGUGUCGCUUGCUGGGUUCUUUGACGCGCAGCAAACGUUCCUCAAUAUUUUCACCGAUGUUCAACCGCCAUGGCAUUGCGCGAAUCUCGACGACAAGUAUUGCAACUCCAUGUCUGACGUUUGUCAACUUCCGAACAGUUCCUCAUGGCAAUGGGAUUAUCCCAAGCACGCCUUUACAGUAUCUGAGUGGGGCCUUCAAUGCGCAAACUCGGCAAUAAGGGGCUUACCGGCUUCAUCCUUCUUCAUGGGAUGCUUGAUUGGCGGUUUGCUUUUGGUGACACUCGCCGACUCGUCCCUCGGCCGCAAAAACAUGCUCUUCCUCUCAUGUUUUGUCAUGUCUUGCUCAUCCCUACUUACGGUCUUCUCCACCAACGUGUGGAUCUAUUCUGGCUUGAGAUUCGUUACAGGAUUUGGGCGUGCGACAAUCGGCACAUGUGCUCUUGUGCUAACAUCGGAGCGAGUGGGCAAGAAGUGGCGAGGGAGUGUCGGGAUGAUGGGAUUCUUCAGUUUCACAUUAGGGUUCUUAUCAUUGCCGGCAAUCGCCUACGUGAACCGAGGUUCGUCAUGGAGAGCUCUGUACAUUUGGACGUCGGUCCCAGCCAUUGGCUACUGUGCCUUAGUCCAUUUCUUGGUUUGCGAGUCACCAAGAUGGCUCUUCGUGAUGGGACGCAGGGAAGAGGCCGUGGAAACCCUAAAGGGCCUCGCACCGCCGAGUGCGAGCGCCCUCACCGAGGGCUUCUCCUCGAUUUCGCUUGACGAGGACCCUUUGAACAACAUGGACGUCUUCUCGGCAAUCAGGGCCUUGUUGGAGAAGAAAUGGGCCUUUCGCCGGCUAUGUGCAGUCAUGUUGGUCGGUUUCGGGACGGGGAUGGUGUAUUACGGGAUGCCGCUUGGGGUCACGAACUUGGACUUCGACCUCUACUCCAGCGUCACGCUCAACGCCCUUGCCGAACUGCCAUCGACCCUGGUCACUAUCCUCCUUAUAGGGAAGCUUAAUAGGAGGAGUUCUGUACUAUUCUUCACAACACUCAGUGGGUGUUGUAGUGUGAUGUGCAUUUUGCAGGGCCAAGUGUGGCAACAGUGGCAAAUUGGCUUGGAGCUAGUCUCUUUCUUUAGUGGAUGCACCGCGCUUGAUGUGUCAUUGAUAUACACAUUAGAGUUGUUCCCGACGUGCGUAAGGAACUCGGCGAUAGCGAUGGUGCGGCAGGCGGUGGUGUUUGGCGGCGUGUUCAGCCCGUCAUUGGUGGCGGCCGCGGGCCGGAGAGGGGAUGUGGUGCUGUCUUAUGGGGUUUUUGGGCUGGUCAUUGGGUGCUGUGGGCUGUUUGUCUUGUGCUUGCCGGAGACAAGAGGUGGGAAUCUUUGUGAUACAUUGGAUGAGGAAGAGAGGAAAGAGAAAACAAGCGGCUCUUGUAUUUUGUGCUAA